AUGAUGCCCUACAAACUGCCUAUCAUUUUCUGCCUCUACGGUUGUUUGGUACAGAUUCAUCCCUUUGAAUGGCAAGACCUAGAUCCAAUGAAGCAUAUAGAGUCAACAGGGUGGUAUCAUAAAAUACAAAACCUAAUGAGUGCUGUGUUCGGCAACAAAUAUCAGAUCCCUAAAGGAAAAGGGUCUUACUCCGUGGGAUGCACAGACUUGAUGUUUGAUUUCACUGUUAAGGGCAGCUUACUGCGUCUCUAUUAUCCUUCCAAAGAUGAUGAACCUGAAAGCACUCUAUGGAUCCCCGAUAAAGAAUAUUUUAUGGGUCUUACUAAUUUUCUUGGAAUGCACAGGAUCAUGGGCAAAUUCCUCGCCUUAUACUAUGGUUCGGUGACAACUCCUGCAAGUUGGAAUGCCCCUUUGAAGAUUGGUGAAAAAUACCCAUUGGUUAUUUUUUCUCAUGGACUUGGAGCAUUCAGGAAUUUCUCUGCUAUUGCGGUUGAACUGGCAUCUCAUGGGUUUAUAGUUGCUGCUGUUGAACACAGAGAUCAAUCGGCAUCAGCAACUUUUUACUUUAAAGAUGAAUUUGCUGUCAAAGCAGAUAAUAAGUCCUGGCUCCUUGGUUCACAGAAUGUGGAAUACCUUCUACCCAAUGAACAGGUACUUCAAAGAGCAGAAGAAUGCUCUAAAGCUCUUAAUUUGAUUCUUGAUAUUAAUGGUGGAAAAACAGUGGAGAAUGUCUUGGAUUCCACAUUUGACUUGAACCAACUAAAGGAUACAAUUGAUAAAAAUAAAAUAGCAGUAAUGGGACAUUCCUUUGGUGGAGCCACAGUUAUUCAGUCUCUUAGUGAAGACGACAGAUUCCAAUGUGGCAUUGCCCUGGAUGCAUGGAUGAUUCCCUUAAGUGAAGAGUUGUACUGUAGAGUUCCCCAGCCUCUCUUCUUUAUCAACUCUGAAAAUAUCCUGAGAAUGAAAAAAUUCUACUUACCUGAUAAAGAAAGGAAAAUGAUCACAAUCAAGGGAUCAGUCCAUCAGAACUUUCCUGAUUUUACUUUUGUGACUGGUAGGAUACUUGCGUACAUGUUCUCUUUAAGAGGACAUAUUGAUUCGAAUUUAGUCAUUGAUCUGAGCAACAAAGCUUCAUUGGCUUUCUUGCAAAAGCAUUUAGGUCUUCAGAGAAAUUUUAAUCAAUGGGACCCUUUAACUGAAGGUGAAGAUAUAAACCUCAUUCGAGAUAGCAAUGCUGCCUCAAUUACAUAUCUUUCUGAGUACCUGGAAUAAAGAAAUGUGCAGUGUCGACCAACCCAUUUU